UUUAUGACGGUUGCAGUGUGCCGGGGUCAUGUGAUUGCUCAUCUUCUGACAAACAAAGUGUAGAAGCCAGAUAACGACGGGGUUUACUAACAAUGGCAGGGAUUCAGUUAAUGACCAUGACAAGAAAGGUUAUAAAAUGGGGCAAAACUCAACCGUCUUGCUUAGCAAUGGAAAUUCUGGGUUCAGUUGAAGUCGUAAGUCGGGGACUGCUUUUGCUCAGUUUUAGAUUCAUCUGGACAAUCCUAGGAAGGGCUUUAAAUCCGGAGUGGGCAAUUAAUUUUUCCCAAAAGCCGCAAGGGAAACUGAGGUGGUCAUGAAUAAUCCUAAACCGAGAAACUGAACUGAAUUCUGCUCAAGGUUAAUUUUAUCACUUUAUAAAAAGGAUAAACUACAGGCGGUCCUCGACUUAGUAUCACGUUUGUGCCCAACAUUUCUGUUGCUAAAUGAGAUAUAUACGUUAAUUGAGUUUUACAGCGUUUACGGUCCAUUUUCCCGCCCUUUUUUUGCCACAGUAGUGAAUCCCUGCAGUUGUUAAGUUAUUGACACGGUUGUUAAGUGAAUCUGGCUUCCCCCAUUGACUCUUCUUGUCACAUGGUCGCAAAAGGGGGUCACGUGACCCCGGGAUGCUGCGACUAUCAUAAAUAUGAGCCAGCCGCCAAGUGUCUGAAUUCGGAUCACGUGACCCUUGGGGAUGGUACAACGGUCGUAAGAGUGAAAAACAGUUGUAAGUUACAUUUUUUCAUUGCCGUAACUUUGAACAGUCACUAAACAAACUGUUGUUAAGUCGAGGACUACCUGAAGAACUAAGGAACUGUGCGUAGGAGUGAAAAUACACAGGUCUGAACACCUUGCGGACAAUCAGAAAAUAUACACCUCGUAUAACAGUGUUGUACAACUUGUACAACAGUGGGCCAGUCCUCAUCUUAUCAGUUGUCAGUGGGUGUUAAUUUGCAUUGCAAAUCUCUGUAAGGAACAGUUUUUUCCCCUACAGGCAGUCCUCAACUUACGACAAUCGCUACCAGAAAAACCGUUGUUAAGCAAGGCGGUUGUCAUGCGAGCCGUGUCUCAUUUUACAACUUGCCACGGUUGUUAAGUGAAUCAGUGCCGUUGUUAAGUUAGUAUUCCGGUUGUUAAGUGAAUCCGGCUUCUCCAUUCCUUGUCGGAAGGUCGCAAAAGGGGAUCACGUGACCCUUGGGACACAGCAGUCCUCCUAAAUACAACUGGUUGCCAAGUGUCUGAAUUUUGAUCACGUGACCAAAGGUGGUAACUCUGAAAAACGGUCGUACGUCGCUUUUUUCAGGGCCAUUGUAACUUUGGACGGUCACUAAACGAACUGUUGUAAGUUCGAGGACUACCUGUAUUGGAAAAUCCAUUAUUAAGCAAGGCGGUCGUGAUGUGAGCCGUGUCUGGUUUUACAAGCUUGCCACAGUUGUUUCCCCGUUGACUUUACUUCUCAGAACGUCGCAAAAAGGGACGACACUGCAACCGUCAUAAAUAUGAGUCAGUUGGGAAGCAUUUUGAUUACGUGACCGUGAGGGUGCUGCAACGGUCGUAAGUGUGAACAAUGGCCAUAAGUCCCUUUCUUUCAGUGCUGUUGUAACUUUGGAUAGUCACGAAACGAAUUGUUGUACGUCAAGGGUUAUCUGUAACACUUCCUAAGAUUCCUGUGUUCCUCGGACAGAUUGCUAGCUGUAUUAGCCACAACGCUAAAUGCGUAUUAGAGUAAAGGACCGUUUUGUCCUCUUGUGACAGGGUGGGAUUCACACGUGCUUGACUUCUUUUGUUUUCUCUGCAGGGUCUCGGCUCCUGUGCUGAGAUGAUCCCUCCGCACUCCUCCCGCCUGCACCGCCAUGGACGCCCCCUCUAACUCCUCCUCCUCUUCCUCCUCCCACUCCUCCACUGCUGUCCCCCCGGCAGACGGACAGGAUGACCGGGCCGCGGGUCGGCCUGCUCAGGGCUCUCCUGCCUUGCCACCCACCAAAGAACCCCCCCUCUGGGAUCCUUCCUCUUCCCCCUCGCCCUCUCCUGAUGACGUCGUCAUGAGACCCUGCGCCAGUGCGCAAGCCUCCGCGCUCAGCUUGGCCAAGUUCCCCGCCGCCAUCUCAUCCACCUCACAGCUCCAAGAGGAUCCCAGCUCAUCCUUGCCAAAUCCGCCCCUUUUCCCUCUAGACCUGCCGCUGGCCGAAGAUGGGGUCCAGCCGCAAGACCACAGAGACGAGGACGGUGGGCGCGAGGCCCAGCUCUUCUUUGCUCCCGACGGCUCGGCGUACCUCCUCGCUAGUGGCCACGUUCUCUUACCAAAGGGCUCCCCCGUCACCGCCACUCCUCAAGUGUCCAUUCUCCACAUCCAGGACAGUGGAGGUCCUAACCAAGGCUUUAUGUCUGCUGACCAAAUGUCUCAGAAUACCUCAGCGCCAGGCGAGGUGAUCCCUCAAGGCGCCUUCUACAGUUACCGACUGGCUGGCGCCCCAGCUCAAAGUACAUCUGCCAAAAACGCUGCCACCAAAUCCAAAGAUGACCCCACUUCCCCCGUGGAGAAUGAGGAAGCCCCCCAUGGCCGAGACAAGACGAUGCCAGGGGGUCCUCUCUGGCUCUGCCUGACAUGCCGCCUCUCAUUCAACCAGGGCCGCACCUUGGCGUCUCAUGCCCGCACGGUGCACGACGUGCAGCUCAGCAACGAGGAACACCAGGACUUGGAUGGAGGGGCUUCGGCUGUGCUCCAGGGCACCGACCUGGGCUUCCUAGAACCAAAUAACCCCAUCACCAAGGCAGACCUCAAUGCCAGAAUGUGUAGCAGAUGGGUGAAUGUAAAAGAGGAGGAGGAGGAGGAGGAAGAGGAGGAGGAAAACGAGAAGAGCCCAGAAAGACGAUGCGAGCCAUCAGAUACCAAAGAUUCAAGGGUCGGCGGCACGCACUGGGCAAUCAGGUCCAUGGAGGAGGAACGAGAAGAGAAGAAGGAGAAGGAAGAGGAGGAGGAGAAGGAGGUGGCGGCACAACUGGAUGAAAGAAAAAAAGAGAAGGAACUGCUUCCAGACCAAAGUUCACCAGCUACAUCAAGCGCACCUUUGGCUGCUAACGCCGCUCCCUCAGAGACACCGCUGAGCAAAGCCCCAAAUUCUGACCACACGGGGCCACCCCAGGAGGACGUCAACAAGGACAUGACCAACGACAAGCUCCCGAAAGAAGGACCGAUACACAAGGUCCCUCGUGUGGACCUAGCAGACGAGAUCAGCAGAGCCGAGUCCGUUCCCAAAGCCAACAGCGUUCCCAGUGACACCAACCGGACGUGCAUUGGGCUGGCCCGCGACAUCAGCCCCACCGACUUGUCGGAUAGCCUGAGUAGUGUAGGGAUGGCCAACGAAGUGGCGACGGUUGGGUUUGAGGUCAACAACGGACUUGGGAACAACAGCCACAACGGUGGAGGAGGACCGUCGCUUAGCUUCGGGGAAGAUUUUACGGCGAUGGCGUACUCGGGGUUGACUUUGUCGGGCCACAUGUCGCUCCUGCAUUCGCGCAACUCCUGCAAGACACUCAAGUGUCCCAAAUGCAACUGGCAUUACAAGUACCAGCAGACUCUGGACGUGCACAUGAAGGAGAAACAUCCGGAGAACAACAGCCACUGCGCCUACUGUAGUACCGGCGGUCCCCACCCACGACUGGCCCGCGGUGAGAGCUACAACUGCGGUUACAAACCCUACCGCUGUGAGGCCUGCAAUUACUCCACCACUACAAAGGGCAACCUCAGCAUCCAUAUGCAAUCCGAUAAACACCUGGCGAACCUACAGGGCUACCAAGCCACGGGAGGCAGCGGAUCACCGGUGGCUCCUCCGGUGGCGCCUUCCCCGUCUUCCCCUGAGGAGAAGGAGUCGAAAGGCAAGUCGUCCUGGCAAUGCAAGGUGUGCAGUUACGAGACUAACAUCUCCCGUAACUUACGGAUUCACAUGACGUCCGAGAAGCACAUGCAGAACAUGUUGUUGCUCCAUCAAGGGCUGCCAUUGACCCUACCGGGACUUCUGGGACAACCUCAGACUCCUCCUGGAGGCAAGGCUCAGCCCGAGCUCUUUCCAUUUUAUGGGGCACAGGGUCUGGGCCAUGCCCACCACUCUCAUCCCCACCAGGCCCACGCGGGGAGCAACCCACCUCUGCGGGCAGACAAACCCAUGGAACAACCCCCACUCUUGCUCAACGGAGGCUUCCAACAUCUCAGUGCAGCAGGCCGGAAGAUGGCUACCUUGGGGGCAGCCCCCACCUCUCUCUCUCCUGAACCUGCUCCCCCCUCCUCACCACCAGCCCAAUCUGGACCCGAUCCGCUGGCCCCCCAGAGAUUGUUCAGCUGCCUGGUGUGCCAAGUCUUCAGCACAGACAGCCUGGACGCCCUCCUGCGGCACGCCUCCGCCCCACGCUCCCUGCCCGAAGUGGAAUGGAAAGAAAUUUCCGGGGACCUGCACCGCUGUCGCCUCUGCGCGUACGGCACCCAGUUGAAAGCCAACUUCCAGCUUCACCUGAAGACCGACAAGCACGCCUUGAAAUACCAGCUGGCCGCUCACCUGCGAGAAGGGGGCAGCUUGAGUGCACACCUGGGGGUGGAGCUGCCGCUGGGACCGCCCCUUCACCUGCAUUGCAACCUGUGUGAAUAUGAGACCAACAGCAAGGAAAAAAUUCAACUUCACGCGGCGGGCAGCGGCCACCAGGAAGCCCUGCAAGGUUAUAAGUUCCUUCUGGAAAUGGAGACCACCUCGUCACCCCUGCCCGCCUCCGAACCCACGCAGUUCCGCUGCCUCCUGUGCAACACGGACGCGCCCAGCCGCCUGGCCAUGAUCCAGCAUUUACGCUCGCCCCAGCACCGCGAGGCUCACGGCCAGUGGCGCCUCCAGCUACUGCAGAACGGCGAAGGCACGUUGGGUCUCGAAAGAUACGUCUGCUUCGUGCCCGCCAACACCGCAGGGAAGGAAUCUGUCCUGGAUAGCUUAACCCCUGAAAGAGAAAAGCAGAAUAAAACGUGGAUCGCUGAUUCCAACGAGACCGAAGUGGCAGCUUCUGGCAGCGCGGGGGACACUACGGUCUUCUGCUGCCCCUAUUGCAACUACGCCGACCAAUCAGCCGAAGCCGUGCGGGCCCACACCGUUUCCCAGCAUGCCGUGCAGCCCAAGUUCCAUUGCCCGCUGUGCCAAGAACAGCUGGUCGGCCGGGCCAACCUCCACUUCCACCUCAGCCACGUUCACAACGUGGUGGCCGAAUGUGUGGAGAAGCUGCUGCUGGUGGCCACCACGGUGGAGAUGACCUUCGCCACCAGGGUCGUUCCCGGGGUCUCUCUCCCUCCUGACCCACCCAAACCGGGUGGGACCCUCGGCGUAGAACAAGAGGCUGGUCCAGAAGCCCCCGGCCCCUUUAUUGCACCAGCCGCAGAGGAGAAAGCCUCCCCGACACCGGUACUUUCCCCUGAGACCCCCCCACCCUGUGUCGCCGCCUCCCCGCCUCCUAAGGAGCAGCCCGAAAAGUCACUUCCUGCCUCGCCACCCCCACCUCCUCCUCCUCCUCCUCCUCCCGUCGUCACUCCUCAAGAGCCGGAAGAGGACGACCCUUUGCAUCCAAACAUGACCCCCGAAGAGCAGCCGCUGCCAGCCCCGCUCCUCGCGGACCCUCCCGAGGCCUCUCCACCCAUCCUGCCUAAUCUGGAUUCCCGGCACCCGCUGUCCUACCGCAAGGCAACCAAUUUCGCCUUGGACAAAUUCUUGGAUCCCGCCCGUCCCUACAAAUGCACCGUUUGCAAAGAGUCCUUCACGCAGAAGAACAUCCUGCUGGUGCACUAUAAUUCGGUCUCCCAUCUCCACAAGAUGAAAAAGGCCUCGGCGGACCCUACCGUGUCGUCUCGGGGGGAGCCCGGCGCCCCCGGGGCUCUCCAGCCCUCUUCAGACAAACCUUACAAGUGCACCACCUGCCGGGUCUCUUACAACCAGAGCUCCACUCUGGAGAUCCACAUGCGCUCCGUGUUGCACCAGACGCGCUCCCGCGUGGCCAAGAUGGAAGCCGCCGGCAAGGUGGACGUGUCCCCUGCUGAGCUGGAGCCUCCCAACGACACCCCUCUGGAAACUGAGGCCCCCAGCUGCGUCCAGGUGCCUGCCCUCCCGUUUCUCACUCCACCUGCGGCAGAACUACCCCGCUUCCCUACACCCCUUUUCACCCCACCCCUGCUGCCCCCUUUUCCUCUGGUGCCGGAGUCCCUUCUUAAACUGCAGCAACAACAGCAGCAGCUGCUGCUCCCCUUUUAUUUACAUGACCUGAAGGUGGCCCCCAAAUUGGCCUUAACCACGCCAACGCUGACCCUCCCCACCCCGUCGCCUGUCCUGCUCCCACCCCUGCCCCCCAAAGAAGAACCGGCCCCCAUGGCCGCGAGUAGCUCCAAGGUAGAGGCAGCCGAAGAGACUGAAGGAGAAGAAGUAGAUGGAAGUCAAGCAGGGAACGAGGCUUCUCGCACGGCCGCCAAAGCCCUUCUAGAGAAUUUCGGCUUCGAGCUAGUGAUCCAGUACAACGAGGGCAAACAAACCACCACCGUGCCCCCGACUGUGCCCCUGCGUCCCCCCAUGGGCAAGCUGCAAUGCGGCACUUGUGGGAAACAGUUCUCUAACAUGCUCAUCCUGAAAACCCACGAGGAGCACGUGCACCGGCGGUUCCUGCCCUUCGAGGCACUCAAUCGCUAUGCUGUGCAGUUCCGGAAGAGUUACGACAGCAUGUAUCCCCCGCCUCCUCCCGUGCUCCCAGUUGAGACAACUGCGAUCACCACUACUGCAGCAGCAGCAGCAGCCGUUUCAACCGUCACCACCACCGUCCUGGAGAAUACCACCGUCACUGUGACGCAAUCCUCCCUGCCGCUGGAGAUUCCCUCUCUCUGUCCUCCGUUUUUGAUGCAACCCUUGCCGGUGGUCAUGCCCCCACCAGAAAGCGAGACUCCCUGUGUACCUCCUGAAUGCCUGAAGUCUCUCUGGUUUCGAGGGGAGGAAGAGGAAGGCAAGAGCGCAUCGUCUGGAGUUCUGGAGCUUCCCCGCGGGAGCUUCCCCGCAACCCGACGUUUCUCUCGUACCAAAUUCACCGAGUUCCAGUCACAGGCGCUGCAGUCCUUCUUUGAGUCGAGUGCUUAUCCCAAAGAUGGUGAGGUGGAGCGUUUGUCUGCCCUCUUGGGGUUGCCCAAUCGGGUCAUCGUGGUCUGGUUCCAAAAUGCUCGCCAGAAAGCCCGAAAGAGCAGUGGGAACGAAGCGAGUAUGGGCAACUGUGGAAACACCGCAGUGCAGCCGUCUUGUAAGAAAUGUCGGACGGCCUUCCGCUGCAUCUUUGAGCUGAUGCGCCACCUGAAGAAGUGUUACAACAAUGAGCUGGAUGAGGGGGAAGAAGAUGGAGGUGAGGAAGAGAAUGAAGGGCCGGAGGAGGAGGAGGAGGAAGAGGAAGGGGACGAGAAACGAGAAAUUUUGGACCCUAGUAGGGAUAUGAAGACAGAUGGUAUUGGAGACAAACCCGUGGAAGAAGAGCAGCCCGUCCACUCGGUACCCCCAGAUAUUUCCAAGAACUACCCCUGUGAUCAGUGCACCGCCGUAUUCUCAAGCAGCGACCUCCUCAAUAUUCACCGCAUUAGUCACCUGCCAGCAGCUGGCCCUCCCUUGGCUUCGACUGGUCCUCAACCUCCCCUCGACACGACCCCGUUAGUAUUUGGCGACCGCCCAGUCAACCCAGAUCCUUCACGUGCACAAAAGCGAAAACACGAGGAUGGGACCUUGUCUCCCACCGGAAGUGAAACUGCCAGUGUUGUCGGGGGAGAUAAUGAGCCCCCCAGGGACAAGCGUCUCCGUACCACCAUUUUGCCUGAGCAACUGGAGAUUCUCUACCGCUGGUACAUGCAAGAUUCGAACCCCACCCGGAAAAUGCUCGACUGCAUCUCUGAGGAAGUUGGGCUGAAAAAGAGAGUGGUCCAAGUGUGGUUCCAGAACACAAGAGCUCGUGAGCGAAAGGGCCAGUUCCGCUGUAAUACCAGUGUCACCACUCCAACCAGCAAGCCUCCACCAACACAACCCAACACUUUCCCAAAGUUCAACCCUCCACCACGGGACACCCCUGUCCAUUAUGGUGGGUCCUUCACACCCAACCUCCCUGUGGUUAACCUCCAGCCCCUUCUAACUAAGCCAGAAGUUGUCAUGGAACCACAGAGCCUGGAAGAAAUGGCUGAAGAAGUCCCCAAGGAGCACGAAGACCGAAGCUUGUCUGGAGGAGAGCUGAGCGAUUCUUCCUCCUCUUCCUCCUCGGCUGACCUGGACUUCUCCGGUGGCCACCGGAAUCGAACGAUGGAUGGAGGUUCUGGAGAGUUUCACGAUUCUUUCGGGCAGAGACGGUAUCGCACCCAGAUGUCCAGCCUCCAGCUGAAGAUCAUGAAGGUGUGCUAUGGGAUCUAUCGAACCCCAACCAUGCAGGAGUGCGAGGUGCUGGGGGAGGAGAUAGGACUCCCCAAACGGGUGAUCCAGGUCUGGUUUCAGAACGCGCGGGCGAAAGAGAAAAAGGCCAAGGCUGCUUCCGGCGGGACCAGUGGCGGUGACGAGGCCCCCUCCGCUGCUCAGGCUCCAUCUGAAUGCCCCUACUGUGAAGUCAAGUACGAUUUCUACGUCUCUUGUCGUGGGCAUCUCUUUUCUCGUGGCCACCUAGCUCGGCUAAAGGAGGCCAUCAAAUCCCAGCUUAAGAGUGAGAGCAAGCGCUACGAGCUGGUGUCAGACAAAGGAGCACCUUCCCCAACCAGGCUGGGAGUGCCGGUGACUCCUACAGCCGUGCCAUCUUCUCUUGGGACCAAGCCCCCCUUUGUGCCAGGCACGCCUGCUUCUUCUGCGGGGAUCCUGAGCACCCCUUUGACCUCCUCUCAGCCAGGCCUCUCCUUACCUCAGCAUCUGCCGCCCGAAUCUGGCCAGGUCGGCCCCUUAACUGAGCCUGUUCCUGCUCCCGAGACCUCCCCAAGUGACAGUCAGGCUGAACUGACUUCAAAUUCAGUCCAGGAGCCCUCCUUGUCCUCUGCUGUCACGCUGAAGAACCUCAAGACAUUGAAGGCUGCAGUGCCGGCCCUGCUGGGAGGCCAGUUCCUGCCCUUCCCGUUGCCAGCAGCGGCCACUGCAGCCGCAGCCGCCCCCUCUCUUUUCGGAGCACAACUGCCCGGGGCGUACUUUCAGCAGCUCUACGGCAUGAAGAAGGGGCUGUUCCCCAUGAACCCCGUCAUACCUCAGACACUUAUGGGGCUGCUGCCCAGCCCCCUGCUCCCAACACCCACACCUGAGCCCCCCGUCGAGGUGUCCGAGGCUCCCGGCAUCUCUACAGUCGACGUGACCCACCAGUACCUUUGUCGCCAGUGCAAGGCCGCCUUCGAGAGCGAGGGGGCAGCUGUCGCCCAUCAAGCCGCGCUCUGCUACUUCGGGCGCCAGUCGCCGGCCGCGCCACCUCCGCUGCGCGUGCCCGUGUGCACCUACCACUGCCUGGCCUGCGAGGUCCUCGUGAGUGGCCGGGAGGCGUUGGGAGCCCACCUGCGCUCCAGCGCUCACCGGCGCAAGGCCAGCUCCACCACAGCAACCGCAUCGGUGUUUGCCAAAGAGGAAUCCAAAUUACCUCACUCGGACUCCAAUCCAAAAAGUAACUCUACCUCGACGACACUACUAGCUUUAUAGAGAUGGAUGCUAUACUGCCGCCAAUGGAGAGAGAUUGACUAGCGAACGGACCUGUGGGUGGGUGGACGCCUGCGUGGACCACCCCUCUACUUCCACCCAACCGUCCUUCAAGGUUCAUUUCAGACCUAGGUGCCCCCAUUUCUCACUGCCAGCCACGAGGUUUUCUCAAGAGGGAUACUCCUUGUGUCCCCUCCCCAGGCUGACUUCAAGGGCCCAGGUCCCCGUUGCAAUUUUCAUUCCAAAGGUCACUCCGCUUCCACAGAGUGACCGGAGGUUGAGCUGAACAGCAACUCGUCCACUGAGGUCCUUACUAAGCUUCAUCUUUAGAGGGUACCCAAUUCAACCCUGGCUGUUGCACAUGUUCUCCUACUACCGUAGCUUUUCUUCACACUGAACUGUUCUGUCCUUCCUCCCACUUAGAGGUCUCCCUGAGGACCUGUUGAUGCGAAUUCCCUACCUCUUCCCCCUCUCCCGGGUCACGAGAUUGUGUGGCCAGAUCCAAUGAGAUCGACAGCCCGUGAUCUCGCCUCUUCCUGCUUCCUCCAUACUUUCCUUCCCACCUUUUUCUGUACUCCUGAGUCUUCCGCCUCCUGUGCUACAGACGGGUCCCUCUCUUGAAAAAAAGGCUCCAGAGUGACAUCUUCAACCUCUUUCCCACCUGCCAGGAACAUCUCAAGACGUUUCCUCCUAUUUUAAUGACGCCGAGAGAUUGGGAUGUCCCCCUCCUUUUAUAGUAUCCAAACCACGUCACCCAUCUUCACAUCGGCGUUCCAAAAUUCUUCACCCACGUGUCCCAUAACUCCGUUUGCCCUACCGCAGGUGGCCCCCAAACCCUCCCUUUGACCCAUCGGUGCUACCAUCUCUCUUGAUCUCUUUCAUUCACCCCGUUGAAGACAGUUGCUGGCCAAUCUUGACGUCCACCACCCUAUACUCAAAAGUCUCCUCUCUCACGCACACACUUACACACCUUUACAUCUCCCCGCCCCCUUCCAUAAAAGCUCCUUCUCUUAACACUUAACCUUCUACUCUUUUACUGCGUUACCGACGGGGAAAACAAAAAGGCCAAAAACAAAACAGAAAGAAUGGACAAGAAAAAGAAAAGAAGAAAAAAAAAAGGAGAUAAACCCGAGGAGAUGAAAUUUAAGAUGGGGGAGGGAUUAAGUGAGAAAUUCAGUCUCCCCACAUCAACCUAACACCAACCCUCAACAAAGCAUGUGCUGCCCAUUUUUGUAUAUUAAUGACCAUCAAGGACAAAUUCCUGAACUGUUGAUGGAUUUGAUCGGCAACCAAACAGGGCGAGAGUUUUCUCUUUCCCGUAAUUUUUUUUUCUUUUUUUCGUCUCUCUCCUCUUCCUUUUUCCCACCCCACCCCAGCUGGGUCUUUUCUGGUCCUGGGGAACCAAAUAAAACCCGACAACCUCAACUGUCUUUUUCCUCCUGAUAGACGACAAGUUCUGUCUCGGCGCGGGGAAACGACGCAAAAAACCUACUCCGAUGGCUUUAAAAAAAAAUAAAAACUAAAAAAAAAAUAGAGAGAGAGAAAGAACACUGAAUGACUGACUGACUCUCGUCAAACACGCAGACGCCGCUCCGGGCGCUGCGUGCUGACAAACCUUGCAAAAAACGAAGAAAAAAAAAUACUCAAAAAACCCUCUUUAGGAAUCCAAAGCUCUUAAAAAAAAAAAAAACUUCUAUACAAUAACCAAAAAAAAAAAAAAAA